AAAACAAAACCAUCAAACCUUCCGACAGAAUGGGUGAUAUGAUGCGCGCAGUAGACAUCAAACAUGGCAAAGGCCCCCUCGAAAACCUCCACAUCGCCGACGUGCCCAAACCGAAGCUGGGAAAGUCGCAAGCACUCGUCAAGAUCAAAGCCUUUGGCCUGAACCGCAUGGAUCUCCUGCAGCGCGAAGGACAAUACCCUGUUCCCCCCGGUGCAUCUAAGAUCCUAGGCGUAGAAUUCUCAGGCACCAUCGCAGAGCUAAGUGCCGAAGGCGGUGGAAAAGAAGGUUUCAAAGCGGGCGAUGAAGUGUUUGGUUUAGCGUACGGAGGCGCAUAUGCAGAGUACAUUGCCGUAUCCACACACAUGCUUGUGCGGAAACCCAACGAGUUGACAUGGGAGCAAUGCGCCGGUAUUCCAGAGACAUGGAUCACAGCCACGCAAGCCAUGUACCUAGUCGGCCACUUUGCGCCCGGUAAAACCAUCCUCUGGCACGCAGCCGCCUCCUCCGUAUCCAUCGCCGGUAUUCAGCUGUCCCGGUCAGACAGCGCCGCCGCCGUCUAUGCAACCGCCCGUCAGGACAGCAAAUGCGACUUUGCCGUCAAGGAACUCGGCGCCACGACCGCCUUCAACACAACGUCGCAAGACUGGGUACAAGAGGUUAUGAAAGCAACAGACGGAAAAGGCGUAGACAUCAUCGUCGACUUCAUCGGCGCCUCAUACUUUCAAGCUAAUCUCGACGCCGUGGCCAAGGACGGUGUCAUUGUGAACUUGGGCUUCAUGGGUGGCACAAAGCUUCCAGAGGGAACGGAUAUUAGUGCCUUUAUUAGGAAAAGGUGCACUUUUGUCGGUAGUAGUCUGAGGAGUCGCGAUGAAGAGUAUCAAGGCAAGCUUAGGGAUCAGCUUGUUGAGCAUGCGCUACCUAAGAUCAAGGAUGGUAGCUUCAAGCUCUUUGUGGAAAAGGUACUACCGUGGGAGCAGAUCCAGGAUGCGCAGAGGUUAUUACAGGAGAACAAGACAAAAGGUAAGGUAAUUUGUACAAUUGGGUAGCAAGUAGAUGGUGUAUUUCAAAUGUAUUUUCACUUUACUCUAUACUUUUUACUAUGCAAAAAGAACUGCCUACCA